CAGAAUUCAGUGCCAAAGUAGAGUAUGUAGUACCUGAAAACCUUAAGAUUUAAAAAGAGCAAAAGAAAGCAGAGUAAAACUAAUUGAAUUGAACAACAGCAGCAAAAUGAAAAGAGAACGAGGUGUAGCCUAAAGUAAUAGAAAUCACAAAAAUUAAACGAAAUUCAAUAAAAAAUUUAACGAAAACCAAAACUCAAUUGUGUUCCAUUAGCAAAUAAGCCAAACAACUAAACAAAGAACAAAAAAACACAACAACAUGGCGGGUCCACAAGUACAACGUCCACAAAGCGCCUACUAUACCGGACUAAAUGGUUCAUCGAACGGCCACCAAAAUGGCAAUCGAGGACCAGGUGUGGAUGGUGCAGCUCUCACAACCAGCACUUCACAUCACACUGGCCUUCAUGUCAUACGCACCAUAUCACACGAAAGUGAACUCAUCUAUCGUGGUUCGAAUGGUAACACUCAUAAUCUCAAUAAUAACACCUCCGCCACAUCCACAACAUCGGUACAGGACGCCUGUGCGGCUAGUACCAGUCGUUCGAUCAUACAACAGCAACCCAUGCUGCUGCACAAUAUUACCACAAGUGGGGGGCCCGGUGGUGCUGGUGGUGGUAUGGGCGUUGGUGGUAGUUCAAUUAAUUUAGCCACUAUUGCUGGCACAGGUCAAAAUCCUAAUGAUGCAUUAAUUGUUCCUGCAGCCACUCUGGCGGUGGCCUCACAACAUCAUACAGAACCUGCAAAUAUUUCAUCGCAUUCCCUUAAAGCUUCCAGUAAAAGCAAACAACGUAGUAUAGAAAUCAUCGUUGAUGCUACAAAAUGUGAUACAAAAGACGAUGAGGACGACAUCGAACAGGGUAAAACGAGACGUUCGUCCAGACAUCGUCAUCGACCGUUGCAUAAGAGAUUUUUAACAUAUUUAAGGAGUUUAUUCCAAGGCAGCACAACACAAACUGAUUCCGAACUAGAAGAAUUUGAAACACCGGCACGCUAUCGACCCGAUUCCCUUAGUGCUUUAAGUCGUUCCACCCGCUUUACAGAAGAUGAAAUCAAACGAAUUUAUCGUGGUUUUAAGGCUGAAUGUCCAACGGGCGUUGUCAAGGAGGAGACAUUUAAACUGAUCUAUUCACAGUUUUUUCCACAGGGAGCCAAUCCAACAUUAUAUGCCCACUAUGUUUUCAAUACACUAGACCAGGAUCACACGGGUAUCGUUAGUUUUGAGGAUUUCGUUCAAGGACUUUCGAUAUUGUCUCGUGGUUCGGUGGAAGAGAAAUUACGUUGGACUUUUCAAUUAUAUGACAUUAAUGGUGAUGGUUAUAUAACGAGGGAAGAAAUGACUGAUAUUGUGACUGCCAUUUAUGAACUGAUGGGCCGUCUGCCCGAUGAAUUACCUGAAGAGGAAAAAAUCAAAGGAAAAGUGGAACAAAUAUUUCAGAAAAUGGAUAUAAAUCGUGAUGGUGUAGUGACGCUGGAAGAAUUCCUAGAGGCUUGUCACAAUGAUGAUGCCAUUUCGAGAUCAAUGUCAGUAUUUGAUUCUGCAUUCUGACCAUAUCCACUGGAAUGUGAAAUAAAGAAAUCAACAAUAUCAUCAUCAGCAGCAGCAGCAACAGCGACAACUAAGAAGGCCAAACGUUUAGAGAGUGGACAGCGGACAAAAGGACAUGCCGGACGAACGGAAGAAGCCAAACACAGCAAACAAAUGAAGGCAAUACGUGAACAACGAAAGCAUGACAAGCAAAUAAAAUUACGUGAAAAAUAUGAAGGUGAUGCCACUGAUGUGGAGGAGAUUCUAUCGGUAACAACUGUAAAUAAUGAAGACCGCAAUGUGGACGACGAAGAUAGCGAAAGUGAGGUGAGCGAGUCAGACUCAUAUUGUCGCCACUGCUUGAGGCCACAAUCCGAGUUGCAAUAUAAAUAUAUGAGGCCGCGACAGCGUAGUAAAUUACGACAGCAACAGCAUGCCAAACGUGAGAGAAGUAAACAGCGUUUUAGUUCAUUUUGUGCGGGCAGUGGCAGUGGAAAUGCCAAUACGAGUGCUGCUGGUAAUCAAGCACAAAAAACCCGCUCCAAAAAAUCCCGUUCUAAGAGUCGUGCUAAACGUGCCCGUAAUAAUAAACACACUGCUAGUAGUAGCAACAAUAAUAAUAAUAGCAACAGCAACAAAACUAACAAUAACAAUAAAACUAAGGAGCAACAUCUAAAACUGCCAUUAAUACGGGACUUGAAUGCGGCCAACGAACAGGCCAUACGUUUUCGUUGUCCUCAAGUGGGACCACAAGUGGGACGUGAUCGACAAAUGCCACCCAUGUUGCAUUUUCAUCAUCCACAACAUGUACAAAAGCAACUAACAGCAUAUCAAGUGCAAUACACACACGUUUAUGGGCAACAGCAGCAACGUUUUGGAGGCCAACAAGCCAUAAGUCCCAUGCAAACAACAACUUUAACCAUGGAAAGUGAAUUGAAGCAGCAGCAACAUCAACACCACCACCAUCAACAUCACCAUCAUCUACAUCAUCAUCAGCAUAAUGAACAUUUAUCAAAUAAUCAAAAAUCAAAUAAAAAUCAGCAACAGCCGCAUGCAACGCCAACAAAAGAUUUAACUGCCACCAACACGACAGCAGCAAUACCAACAACAACAGCUGCAAACAUUUUACAAAACUGUUGCUACUCCUCAAUCCAUCAGCAAAAUCAACAAACUACUCAUCAUCAUGAAAGUCCCCAAUGUAGCAGUGAUUACAGGCAACAAGCAAAUUGUUGUACCACUGGCACUGGCGCUACUACUACUGCAUGUUGUUGUUGUUGCUGUUCUGGGAACACUUCUAUGGCAACAGCAACAACAACGCAAUAUCACCAUCAUUAUCACCAUUACCCCCACCAUCAACAUCUACAUCAUAAUUUGCCACAACUGCCACUAACACAUCUAGAGACCGCAUCUACUACAGCUGUUGCUUCUUUAGAUGCCACCACAUUAGUGGUAACAGCAUCAGCAACAACAACAACUAGCACCAACACCAACAUCCCCUCUCAAGCCCUAGCACAACCACCUCCUGCACCACCUCCACCGCCACCACCGUUGCCAUUAUCAGAUGAACAGGGAAAUUUAAAUUUCAAUAAUCCUACAACAUCUGCUGAAGUGGACCCCACUAAUCUGGCUGCAGCCACUACACCCGAUUCUCCUUCAUUGGUUAAAGUGAGCACUUGGUAUACUGUUGCUAAGCAGGGCGUUUCUUGCUAAUAUUUUUUGCUCUCCACAAAAUUGGUUGCAAUUUUCUACAUUUAACUAAUACAACAGCAACAACAACAAUAACUACUACUACUAGUACAUACAUUCUACUGCAACAAACUCCAAACUACCUAUUUCGCUUACAACAUAAACACUAGGGUGGUCCUUCUAAAGGUCUUAAAUAGUUCUCCAUUAUAUACAACUCAACUGCUAAAAAUUUGAGCAAAAUCGGAUAACGCUUGCAAGUUGCACAUUUUAUUUCAAAAUUCUUGUUUCAAGUCAAAGUGAAAUUGUCAAACAAAUUUCAAAACUUGAGUAUUGAAAAAAAAUAAUUUUAAAAUUCCUUGCAUAUCUGAAACCCAUAUUAUCAAAAUGUUUUUAAACUAAAUUUCAAAAAAUUAAACAACUUGUUUUCGAUACCAAUAAACACUAAAUUAGGAUUAAAAAUGCAAAUUUAAACAUUUGUACUUAAUAUGGGUUAGAGUGAAACCCGAUUUAAAAUUGACAGAUUUCGAACGAAUUUAGUUUUUGGUCACAAAUUUCUUUAAAUUAUUUUAUAAAAAAAAAACAUUUCCUAGAUUAUUUUCUACAUUACUUAUCCCUUUUUCUAAUAUUUACUUGUAGAUUUCAAUUUUGUAUUUUUAAAUUUCUAGGAUCCUUUUUAUAUCUGGGGUAAAAAAUGUCCAAGAUAUUAAAAUUUAGACCUUUGCACUAAAAUAUAUUAAAACAAUCAAAAAAGUAUGGUCGAUCAGGCCCGACCCUAGACUAAGUAAAUGACUAUAAAACAUUUUUCUUUUAUAAUUUCAAUAAUGAGUGAUUUUCGGAGUGGUCCUUAUAUGGGAGCUAUGACAAAUUAUGCACCGAUCACCAUGAAAUUAGGUCGUAUUAUUUACGUCUAUAUAAAAGUUAUUUAAGUUGAGUUUUAUUUGUAUACCAACAUUUUUAAGAGAUUUAUGCACGUUAAAGUGAUUUUCGGAAGCGGGUCUUAUAUGGGAGCUAUGACUAAUUAUGGGCCGAUCAUAAUACAAUUAGGUGACAUGAAUUCCGUACAUAUAUCACUUAUGUCAUAAUGUCCAAAAUGGCAGACGGACAUCGUUUAAUCGACUCAGAAAGUAAUUCUUAGUCGAUCCGUAUACUUUUUUGGGCGUUACAAACUUCUGCACAAACCCAAUACACCCUCCCCACUAUGGGAUCAUAUUUAUUUCUUAAUAUAUAUGAAGUCCAAAAAAAAUGUAUUAUAACUAGAGGUUUAAUUUUACCCUCCCGCUCAAAUGCUCUGCUUUAAACUGGCGUAGAAUUAUUCGGAUAACAUUUUUGUGUCCAUUGAAAAUUAUUCGAGUAAAAUUUUUUAUUAUUAAAAUUAUUCGAAUAAAAU